AGCUUGGCUCCGCCGGCGACGGCCGGGCUUGGCGCCGGUGCGUGCGCGCUGCGGGAGGCCGGCCGGGAGCCGGAGCCCAACUGGAGCGGCGGCCCCUCCGCGGAGCCGGGUCUCAGCCCUUGCGGUGGGCGUCAUGGCCGUGGAUGUGGCAGAAUACCACCUGAGCGUCAUCAAGAGCCCCCCUGACUGGGAAGUGGGUGUCUAUGCUGCCGGGGCCCUGGCACUGCUGGGAAUUGCAGCUGUGAGUCUGUGGAAGCUCUGGACGUCGGGGAGCUUCCCCAGCCCCUCCCCGUUCCCGAACUACGACUACAGGUACCUUCAGCAGAAGUAUGGUGAGAACUACGCAGAGGCCCGGCAGAAGAGAGUGCCUGCCUGGAAUGCCCAGCGGGCCAGCACUAGGGGGUCACCCAGUCGCAAAGGCAGCCUCAGCAUUGAGGACACCUUUGAGAGCAUCAGCGAGCUGGGACCCCUGGAGCUGAUGGGCCGUGAGCUGGACCUGGCUCCCUACGGGGCCCUCCGAAAAUCCCAGUCGGCCGACUCCCUGAACUCCAUCUCCUCCGUGAGCAACACCUUCGGGCAGGACUUCACGCUGGGUCAGGUGGAGGUGAGCAUGGACUACGAUGCCGCCUCCCACACCCUCCACGUGGCUGUACUGCAGGGCAAGGACCUCCUGGAGCGGGAGGAAGCCAGCUUCGAGUCCUGCUUCAUGCGCGUCAGCCUGCUGCCGGACGAGCAGAUCGUGGGCAUUUCCCGGAUCCAGAGGAACGCCUACUCCAUCUUCUUCGACGAGAAGUUCUCCAUCGCCCUGGACCCCGCAGCCCUGGAGGAGAAAAGCCUGCGGUUUUCCGCGCUUGGCGUCGAUGGAGAUGAGCGGAAUGUGAGCACAGGGGUGGUGGAGCUGAAGCUUUCUGUGCUUGACCUCCCGCUGCAGCCCUUCGGUGGCUGGCUCUACCUACAGGACCAGAACAAGGCCGCCGACGCUGUGGGCGAGAUCCUGCUGUCCCUCAGCUACCUCCCAACGGCCGAGCGUCUUACAGUGGUCGUGGUGAAAGCCAAGAAUCUCAUCUGGACCAACGACAAGACCACAGCGGACCCCUUCGUCAAGGUGUACCUGCUGCAGGAUGGGAGGAAGAUGAGCAAAAAGAAGACGGCUGUGAAGAGGGACGACCCUAACCCGGUGUUCAAUGAAGCCAUGAUCUUCUCAGUGCCCGCCAUUGUGCUCCAGGACCUGUCUCUCCGUGUGACGGUAGCUGAGAGCAGCAGUGAUGGCCGUGGGGACAACGUGGGCCAUGUCAUCAUUGGGCCGUCGGCCAGUGCCAUGGGCACCACGCACUGGAACCAGAUGCUGGCCACGCUGCGCAGACCCGUGUCCAUGUGGCACCCUGUCCGGCGAAACUAGCAGCCAGGGCAGGGCCCGGGUGGGCACCGGAGCCCGGCGUGAACUCAGCUCCAACACCCUUCUCUGUAGUCUGGCUGGAACCAUGAACGCUGGGGUUCCCCGGUGGAGUCCCCAAGAGCCAUCUUGGUCCCUCCAUCCAGGCUGCGGUGGAGGAACAGGCCUGGCUGGAUGUCUGGGGACCCAGGGUUGUCUCCCACUGAGGACCAGCCGUGGCUGGGCCAGGGCCCGGGGA